CCUGGGGGCGCGUAGGGAUGGGACGGGUGUGGCGGGCGGCGACUGUGGGUGUCAGGAGGGAGAUUUGGGGGUCUGGCGGAGCUGCCUGUGGUGGUGGGUGACGAGGAGGCUGUGAGGGAGAUGGUGGAGCCGGCCAAAUCGUGGGGCGCUCGCGGGUCAAGGGAUUGGAGUGUCUGUGAUAAAUCAGUGAGCCGGGGUUCGCGGCGGACGAGUGGUUGUGGAGCCGGCGGAGGGAAUUAAGUGGGUGAUGGGGCCCUUUGGCGCGAGUCGUAGUGGGAGCGGCUCUGGGCGGAGGCCGAGACGCGUGGGCUUGGAGUUCUGGGCAUGAGGGGCAGGGAUCGGGAGAGAGGAAGUCCCUGAAGCUGCCCCAGUGUGGAGACGCUGGACGGCGAGUGUGUGCCGUCGGGGAUGCGGCCGAAGGGUGGUUUUCCGGAGUAAUUAGGACUCUGCUCGUCAGUGAUUCAGAUGCCUCCGGCUCGGCAAGUGGGCCCAGUGUGGAUGAACCGUAAGAUCUUCGUGGAGGUCUGUUUGGGGGGGCUCAGAAUUGGCGGCCCGAGGAUUUCUUCGACUGGAAGGCCUGUUGGUUUGUGACAGUGCUGGAUUGUACUGAGCGCUGGGCUCCCGGGAAGCAGGAAGGUUAAGACGUCUCCCCCACCCCGUCUCCUGUUCCAGGAAGCAUGUGUUCUGCGUAACACGUGCCCCCUUGUUGGCCGAUGACGCGGCCGGAGAGCAGUCCUCCAAACCCCCAUCCUUUGCCCCACCAGCGACGAGCUGGACCGUCGUCCCCACUGAGCAGUCAGGAGAAGACGAUUGUUACUGAGACGUGGGACUUAAGCCUCCUUCUCCCCCGCCUCCCCACCCCCGCCCCAGGCCCUGAACUUUGAGUCACUCCCUACUUGAGCUGCUUUGCGCCCCCUCCUUCCCGAGAACUGCCCUCCUCUGAUCUACUCUCUGAUCAUCCUGCCCUUUCCUUCCACGCUCCUGGUUCUUCUGACCUUGUAUCUCCUUUUCCGUGGAAGGAACCACGUAGGUCUUUGCCUUGCGUACAUGCUGGCAACUCUUCCGGCCACAGCGUUCUCCCUAUUGUAGUAUGCCCCCGCUUCCUGCGGUAACUGUGGGAUAAGAGAUUUCUUUACAUUCUAUUUGGCAGUUCAGCGGUAGCUGUUUCGAUGGAGGGGGAGGACCGGGGUGGCCUGUGCUGCUGAGUGGUCUGUGCCUGUGUUUGGGAGGUUUUGUGGUUGGGGCGUCAGGGACUGGGGCACUGCGUGUCAGUGACAAGGUCUGGAUACGAGUUGGUGGGUGGCCUGUGGGGGUUGUGAGCGAGCAGACGGUGCGGGUAGUAACUAGAGUCAUUGGAGGUAGCGUGUUAGGGCAGGGCGGAGCUGGCGGCCCGUUCAGGUGACGAUGGUGAGGAUCUGUAGGGGCGCUAGUGAAUGGUGGGUGAGCAUGGGGUAGAUUAGAAAGUGGGGUGUCAUGGAAGUGAGUGGUUGGGGUCCCCGUAUGAUGACGGAUUGGGCAUCCCCUGGGUUCAGUUCUGUGAGAACCGGUGAUUGGGGCACUGUUAAGGUGAGUGGAUGGGCAACUGAAGGAGGGAGGGCUUGGAAUUCUGUAGGGGUCCUUUGGGACUCAGUGUUGAGGAUUGCACUGACUCCAUUCCUAGUCAAUGAAUAGACUCUGCUGAGAUGGGCGUGUAGGGAAGCCAGUGACGGGUUUCUCGGCGUUAGUGUUUAGAAGCCUGUGGGAAUCAGUGAUGAGGGGCUGUGCCGUCAUAAUCAGUCAAGGGACCUGUAGGAAUGACCAUGCGGGGUGCUUGGGGCUGAGCGAGGGGGAGCCUGGAAUGAUCAGGAAUAAAGGGUCCUAAGGGUAUUUGAUUGGGGGCGGGGCUGUGGAGAGACUUUGGAUUCCAUUGAUUGAUGCACUUCUGUGCGUUGGUUUUGUCACUUGGGGGUUGGUGAUUGGGGGCUUUGUAGAGCAGUCACUGGAGACCUACCAUAUGUGUAAUUGAAGGUCCUAGAGGGGCGGCCUGUGGAAUCAAUAAUGAGGGUCCUAGUGGGAUGAUGGGCUGGUGGGAUAAGUGGGAGCGGGGCUUAUGGGGCUCAGUGGUUGUGCGGUCUGAAAUUUGUGAGGUCCCUGUUGUGUUCAGUGAAAUGGGGGCUGGGGAACUCUCAGGUGGGUGGGUGGGGAACUGGGAGGCUUGUGAAUGCUGAAGGUUGGUCCGUGGGGUGGGGUGGCUGGGGGUUCAGUCAUGCAAGGUCUGUUGGACCUCGUGUGUGAUUGAGGCCAUCCUUGGUGAUUAUUGGCCUGUGUGGUUGUGUUUGUGGGUGUGGGUAGUCUCAAUGAGUGCUGACCAUGCGUUGGCUCAGGCAAGACUCUCACAGAGUGACUUCUGUUAAAUGACCAUAUUCUCUUUUGUUCUUUGGUCUUUCUCACCCAACACAUCACUUUGUUGGUCAGUGACGGCUCCUUUUACUGAAAUAUUUCCUCACUUAAACGUUCUCAGCUGGUUCAGCCUCAUUGCCCUCCUCUAUCCCCGAACCGCCUUCAGCUCUCUCUAGCCCCAGCCGUUUGAGUGUGGUGCUCCCUGAUGGGCAUGCUCUUCCCACAGGCGUCCACAGUGGGUUCCAUCCUCUGUUCAGGACUCAGCUAAAAGUCAUUUCCAGGAUGCCUUUUCUGGCCAUGGGAAGGAGCACCUUCCACCCACCCCUUCCUCUGUCACAUUUAAAAUUUCCUGUGAGCACUCUUUUAGUCCGACGUUACUGUAUUGUUUUCCAUCUUAGAAUGCAUUUCUUAGAGGACAGGGACCCUGUCUGUCUUGGGACCUUAAGUCGUCUCUUCCAUGUGUUCAGAACAGGGCCUGGUUGUGAGAGGCAUUCAGCAAACUGCUGCUCUCCUGGCCCGUUAACAAGACUGUGCAUGUGUGUGUGAGUGUGUGUGUACAUGAGCGUGCUGAAUGUACAUGUGCGUGUGAGGGCGGGGUGUCGGAGUAUGUCGGGAUCCUGAAGGAGGAAGCGAGAGUGGCAGUUUGGGAUGUUAGUAUAGUCGGCACAUUCCCCUUUCCAGAGGUGAGAGAAGAUCCGGGCAGCAACCCCAAAGGGGUCGAAGCUAAACAGAAGCUCCUGGGGCAAGUGGGCCUUUGAUCUCAGGGACCCCAGGUACUAUAUUAUCUCUUUGUUCCGUUUAUUUGCUGGAAAAGUGCCCACUGACCAGUCCACCGUGUCCAGUCUUCUUAAGUAGCCUGUUAGCCUGUGGAGACCAAGCUGGGAGCACUGGGAGCUUAGGUGCUCAGCAAACACCCUAGACCACAGGUAGAGACCACAAGUGCCAGACAGACCUCUCUUGGCAGGGCUGCUGCGAAAGGUGGGAUUUGCCCCUCUUGUCCCCAAGUUUACUGGGUACUGUGAUUUUUGAACAUUUCCUUUUAGGUGUAUUCUUAGGAAGGAAAUGACAUCUCUUUGUGACCUCACGCUGUGGAGUCCCCGGCUCUGAUCUUGUAUCUGGUUGAAUGUAAGUGACCUGGUCCAUGAGCAGUGGAGGAAUUCAAAGUGUAAGUAUGUGUACACAUCAAGAUGUAGUAUUUUUUGUUUAUUAUACUUAGCUGAAAUCUUGGUUCAUUUGUUCCAAUAAUUCUGCCUGAGAUAUCUGUUAGGUGGUUUGUGAUCUCUUAAAAAGCUUUUAAAAUAGCGGUUGUACUCAGUUAUCUGGUUAUUUGGUCUGUUGGGGAAAUAAUUAAAACCCAAAUCUGCCAACCCCCAAAUCUCACAAAAGCAGAAGAAAAAGAAAAGCAGUUAAACUGGAACGCAGUGAGCUUCACAGACAACCUGCUAAAGAGAUUGCAAAGGCGGAAAGAAAUCUCCCUCUUUUCUCCAGCCAGGCCGGAAGAACCCAUGUCCACGUGGUCUCAAGAUAAAUGAUAACGUGUCACACAUGGUUCGUGCUACUUACCUGGCACUUGGGGUGGCUGUUUGUGUUAGCCAGUCACCUUUAUCCAAAGGGAAAAUAGACCUCUGUGUUGGUGACAGGACUGCAGCGGGACAUCAGCUGCCAAAGUCAGGCACUUGGCCAGGCCCCUGCCCUUCCUGAGAUUGGGAAAUAGGGGUGUAUCUUCCCGAUGAUUUCAAAGAGAUAGCUCCUAGGUCCUUAAGAAAGACGUUUUGGGGUGGGAAGCUGGACGAAGCUUAUUUAGCUUUAGAAGAGAUUUCUACAUAUCUCAAAGGAACAGAGAAUGUACGGUUGUGGGUUUUCGAAAGUAAAUACUUUGCGAAGAGGAGUCGGGAGUCUUUUUCCCUUUUUUUGCAUGAGGGAGAAUUAAUUUUUUUUCUUAGUUGUAGUUUGUAUUUGCCUUUACUGGCCUCUGAGCUCAUGCAUAUUCCUCUAGAGUGUUAGCUGCUCUCCUACACUCUGGGUAAUUUGCACUAGGGGAGGGCUGAGGCUGCCCCUUUGAAGGGGAGGAGAGGGGAGGGGCGCCAGGGCCGACAACGUGGACCCUGCAGAACACACAGUGCUGUCCCACCCCCCACCCCCAAGCAUCUCCUGCCGUCAAGGGUCGGAGACCCUGAGCAGCAGGUGUGGACAGCGUCCUUGUACGGAGGGCUGUGGGAGGUGACGAAGGGCAGCCCUUGUCAUCUCUGCGGCCCCUUCACUCUGCAGGGAUUUUGAUCUUGGAAGUGUGGCCCGGGCUGUCCCUGCUGGCUUCUGAGGGAAAGGGCAGGCAGUUUUGUCCUGGCGCGCACCGAGAGGCACCACGGGGAAGGUUCCUCACGCCUCCUCGCUGUCGUGGAUGUGGCUCCCCCCCGCCCCGCCUCAGACCCACACGGGAGCCUUAGUCUUCCCCCAGGGCCUCUCUUCCUACUGUUUCUGUUAGUUUCUCUGAUCUAGGCUUUCUUUUCACUGCAGGGCUGGUUUUGGAGUAGAAAGCCAGCACCCCAGGCUGCUUCACCGUCUUGGUCUAACAGCCAUUUUCCCUUUACCAUCCUGCCUAGAGAUAAGUUGCGUUUUACUCUGUAGCACCUGUGUCCCCAGGAAAUACUGCUGCAGGGUGAGCGAGCCAAGGUUAUGUUCCUGAACUUUGUUGACCUCUGCAGAGCAUUUGGUGGGGUGACGCUCCUCUGGGGAUGUUUGGCCGAACCAGUGAGACACGUGGCUUUCACGUGGCGUUCUCAGGUGCGGGCCAGGGCUGCAAGUGUGCUGUGUGGCGCAGACCCGGCCCAGAUGCAGUCUGGCCCAGCCGAGACUUCCGCCCUGUUUCUCACCCACUAAACCCGAUGGGUGUUGUCAGGAAGAGAGAUCCGAGAUAGGGUCCCGAAUCAAUGACAUCAUCUAAAAUGAAAUUCCACUGCAUCUCCAGGGCAUGGCUCUGAGGAACAAGAUAACUCAUGUGAGAUAAAAAAGAAGAGGCCUCAGGACUAGGGGUGCAUUCUCAGUGUACAGACAUUUGACCAGAGGCCUCUCUCCAGAGCAUCAGAACAGAGCAGAUUUUCCAAGCAGCUGAAAAUGAUCAAGUCACAGAUCUCAUUUGAGGAUGUGGCUGUGGACUUCACGUUGGAGGAGUGGCGGCUACUUAAUCCUACGCAGAAGAACUUGUACAGAGACGUGAUGCUGGAGAACUAUAGCAACCUAGUGUUCUUGGGUUAUCAAAUUAUCAAGCCUCAUGGGAUUUUCAAGCUGGAGCAGGAAGAGCCAUGGAUAAUAGAUGAAGUUCUAAGUCAGAACUUUUCAGAAGAAGUCUGGCUAGAUAACAAUCUCAAAAUGUGGCACCAGGAUAAUCAAGACGAGCUUAGAAGUAUGGAGAGAGGCGAUGAAUGUGAUGUUUUUAGGAAAAUAUUUCAUUCAAGCAUUAACUUUGUUCAUUUAGCAAUGAGACCCCAUAAAUGUGGCACAGGUGAAAAACAUUUGAAACAUCGUUUUGAGUUUCGUAUUUCAAAAAAUAACCUUGGAAGAAAGAAACUUGAUGAGCUCAGUAAGAAAUUUUUAUUCUACAUCAAACCUGAUAGAACCCAUGGUGGAAUAAAAUACUGUGAUUGCAAUACAUGUAGAAAGGCCAGCAGUAGAGAGUCGUGGCUCAUUGCAGACCAUAUUACACAUACUGGAGUUUAUUUAUGCAUGGAGUGUGGCAGAGUUUUUAAUAAGAAGUCACAGCUUAUUAUACAUCAGAGGACUCAUACAGGAGAGAAGCCCUAUGGAUGCAGUGAAUGUGGAAAAGCCUUCUCACAGAAGUCAUUGCUCACUAUUCAUCAAAGGACUCAUUCAGGAGAAAAACCAUAUGGGUGUGGUGAGUGUCAGAAGGCUUUCAGUAGGAAGUCAUUACUCAUUUUACAUCAGAGAACUCAUACGGGAGAGAAGCCCUACGGAUGCAGCGAAUGUGGAAAAGCUUUCAGCAGGAAGUCACAGCUUAAAAGACAUCAGAGGACGCAUACUGUCGAGAAACCAUUUGGCUGCAGUGACUGUGGGAAAGCUUUCUCCCAGAAAUUAAAGCUCAUUACACAUCAGAGAACACAUACAGGAGAGAAACCCUAUAAAUGUGGUGAUUGUGGGAAAGCCUUCUUUUGGAAGUCCCAGCUCAUCACUCAUCAGAGGACUCAUACGGGGAAGAAACCGUAUGCAUGUAAUGAGUGUACCAAAGCCUUCAGCAGGAACUCACUCCUCAUUAGGCAUCAGAGGAUCCACACAGGAGAGAAACCCUACGAAUGCAGGGAGUGUGGUGAAGCCUUUGUCCGAAAACCACAGCUCGUGAAGCAUCAAGUAACUCAUACAGGAGAGAAGAACUAUCAGUGCAGUGACUGUGAAGAAGCAUUCUUUAAGAAGUCAGAGCUAAUCAGACAUCAAAAAACCCAUUUAGGGGAGAAACCCUAUGGAUGUGUUGAAUGUGGAAAAACCUUCUUUGGGAAGUCACAGCUCCUGACGCAUCAGAGAACUCACACUGGAGAGAAGCCUUAUGAGUGCAGUGAGUGUGGGAGAGCCUUCACCCAGAAGUCAAGCCUGAUAUCACAUCAGAGGACGCACACAGGAGAGAAGCCCUAUGAGUGCAGGGACUGUGGGAAAACCUUCAGCGAGAAGUCAAGCCUCGUUCAUCAUCAGAGAACCCAUACUGGAGAAAAACCCUUUGAAUGUAGCGAGUGCAGGAAAGCUUUUGCCUGGAAGCCACAGCUUCUAAGGCACCAGAGAAUUCAUACAGGGGAGAAACCUUACGAGUGCAGUGAAUGUGGGAAAGCCUUUGUUCAGAAAGUGCAGCUCAUUAAGCAUCAAAGAAAUCACACAGGAGAGAAAACCUAUGGGUGCAGUGAGUGUGCAAAAGCUUUCUUUGAGAAGGCACAGCUCAUUAUACAUCAGAGAAUUCACACAGGAGAAAGACCCUAUAAAUGUAGUGAAUGUGGGAAGUCUUUCACUAGAAAGUCACACCUUAUGAGGCAUCAGAGAAUUCACACAGGAGAUAAAUACUAUGGAUGCAGUGAGUGUGGGACUGCCUUCAGCAGGAAGCCACAGCUCAUGGCUCAUCAGAGGACUCAUGUAAUCUAGAAACCGCACGAGUGCCGUGAAUAUGGGAAAUCUGUCAGACUGAUAGGAGAAAUCCUGUCAGUGCACUGAGAAUGCAGGUCCCACCCCGCAGAGUUCAGAAAGGAGGGAGGUAUUUUUACGUAGACAGCGUAAGAGCCUUCUCCUGAAACACACAGCUUAUUACACGUUAAUGACUUGUUGGUGUGGAAGCCUUAUCAGUAUCCUAGUAGUGCAGAACCUGGUAGUCAGGAGUGACAGCUUCUCAUCAGAGGACCUAAACAUGAGGAGAAACUCAGUCGUUGUAAAAAUUGAGUGGGGGGUUUCGUCAAGAAAGGAUAAUUCGUGGUACACUAGAGAAGACAUAUGCAAAGGAAAUACUGAGCAUCUUGAAUUAGAGAUUUCAGUAUGAAGGAGAAGUCCUAAUAGUUUGGAAGAAUUCUGGUAAGCAUGAUUCUAUCGAAAUAAUCCUAUAGAGUUGUGUUGUAUAUAAGUUACAAAAAGUAGUUAAUUUUAAGUGGUAGCUGUGUUUUAAGUGUGAAGAUACGCUUUCUGCUGUGGUGAUGCGGCAAGGGCCAGAUUAAUCCCCUGCCUUGAACAGCUAGAAACUGUAAAAUGUAUAUGAAAUGGCGGUUUCGAGACCUAUGACAGCGGAAGUGUGUGAUCCCUGGCAGAAGGUGUAGAGAGUGAGGUGAGCCCAUAAGAGCCCAGCCUGGUGCCUGGUGGCAGUUCCCAGGCUGCAGAUCAGGGAAAGGAACAAAUGUGGUCUUGCUGAAUCAAAGAGAAUUGCUGAAUUGGCACUUGGGGAGGCCAGAGUAGCUAGAGUUUGCAGGGAGUUGUACUGGAGAGGAGGGAGCUUCCCAGAGAGAGGGCUGCAGAAAUCUACAAGGAGUCCACUUAGUCUUUUGGCUUAGUACUGAUUUGCACAUGUGUGACCAGAAAUUUCCUGAGUCCGGGAAAAGUGCUGGAAAGCAGUCCGCCAAACAGUUCCCAGAAAUCAAUGUAGGGCUGGGAAUAAAAUUCCCACCACCUGAAAUGGCAACGACUUUUAACACAUGGGGCAUCAGGUAGGAUUCCCAGCAGAGUAUUAUCUUAGUAGUGAAGUAAUUAAUCCUAGAUCGAAAGCUAGUCUGGACCCACAAUGUCUGGCAUCCAAAAACAUAGCUGGCAUACACAGAAGCCAUGAGAAUACGACUUGUAACCAGGAGAAAAAUCAGUCACUAGAAAGAUACGGAAAGAAUGGAAGCAGUUGGCAUUAAAUAAGGAUAUUCAAAUAGCUUUUAUAGAUGUACGGGAAAACAGGAAUGUGACAGAUGAAUUGGAAGAUGUAUUUUUAAAAGCCUGAGUGGAACUUCUCAGGAUGAAAACAACAAUAUCUGAAAAUUAAAACAAAACAACAACUUUGGAUGGAAUUAAGAGCAGAUUAGACAUAGAAGAUCAAUGAACUUGAGUGAAAAUAAAAACUGUCCAACUGAUGGACACAGAAAAAAAAAAGACUCGAAGGAAAGACAAUAGGGAGUUGGUUACAGCGAGGCACGUGUAUUCGCAUGGAGUCCUAGAAGGACAGGGCAGAGAAGAGGCCUAAGAAAGUAUUUGAGUAAAUAACAGAUGAAAUUUUUACACAUAUGAUGAAAAAUGUAACUCCACAUAUUCAAGAAGUUCAAAGAACCUCAAGAUCAUGAAGAAAAUCCUGCUGAUGGACAUCAUAGUCAAACGGAUAAAACCCAAUGAUAAAGAGAACAGUUGUAAAGCACCUGGAGAAAGACAGGAUACUUGCACAGAACAGAGGACCACACACACUUGUGGUCAGAAACUGCUCGAGCUGGAACACAACGGAGUGAGGGACAGACAACUUUACAUAAAACCCCCACCACCUGCCGUUUGUCUAUUUCCCAUCAAAAACAUCUUUCAAAAAUGAUAGCAAAAAAAAAGUUUCUCAGAGAAACAAAAUGAAAGAGACUUUAUCUAUAGACCUUAUUUCAGGAAACACUAAAGCAAGUUUUGGUGCGGCAAGAAAAUCCUAGGUGGAAAUGAGGAUCUACAGGAAGAAAAGAGGAGCUCUGGAAGUGGUGAAUAUGUGGGUAAAUAUAAAAGAUCUCUUUCCUUAUUUAAGAGUUUUUUAAAAUGGUAAUUGACUGUUUAAAGCCAAAUAAUGUAUUGUGGGUUAUGAUGUCUUUAGAAGUAAAGUGUAUCUCAACGACAACACUUAAGUGUGAAUCUUCAGAACUAGUUAAAAUAGACUGCAUCCUCUGAGUCAGAAACCUGCUUCCCCAGGGCUCAGGGCAACUUGUGUGUGUAGCAGCCACACAGUAGAAUGGCACAUGUGACGGACGUGUGUAUGUGCUGCUCGUUCUCCACAUCCCCCCCCCCCCUUCCCGGCUCUGCACCCCCAGGGGCUGUCCCCUAGGGACGGCCUCACCAGGGAUUGUGCUUAGGUUUGAACACGGAGGUACACUCAGUUGGCGGGCGGGAGGAGAGAGGUUGGAACACUUAACCCCACGCCCCUGCCUGGACCUCGGUGUGAAUGGUGGGUGUGAGUGGUGUCUGUGCCCGAAGGGCUGCAGCACACCCUCCCCCCCCUCCCCCUGCUGCCCUCCUGGGGCCAUAGACCGUUUUUCAGUUAACGCUUCCUUCUCCUUGCUCUUCACAAUUUGGGGUGUUAACUAUUUCUGGGUGCUUACCUACCUCUGGUUGGUUUGGGUUUCCUUAAUUCAGAACACAUACCUGGACAUGGUUCCUCUAGUGAAUGUUCUUAGGUUAAUAUUUUGAGUGUAGCACUUGUUUUCUGUGCCAGGUGUUAAAUGAGCAUUUAACACAAUUCUGAGAAUCAGUUACUGGGACAGAAUCAGUUACUGGAACAUGUGCCUCGUCGGGCAUAGACUGACAUCUAUCAAGAUUUCCCACACUAAAUAUCAGUAUUUUCUCUCUGUUUUUAACCAGUUCAGUAGAAAUUAUAACAAGUAACAAAAUUCUUUGUGUUUUUUUGUUUUGCUGCAAAUCUGAAUGGCUCCAUAGGUUGUUGUCUGCUACAUACCCAGUGGUCUUGCACUUACACUAACUCUUGAAACCAAAACAUUUAUGAAGUCUUAUGCUACCUCUCGAUUAGCCAAGCAAUUUACAACAAAAAGAAAAAAAAUGUCAUUUAUGUUCAAUACAUAUGGACAAGGGAAAAGAUAGUUUCUGAGUAAGGCAGAAGGGAAUGAUGCUUCAUACUUCCUAGCUUGUCAUUUAGAAACACUGUGCUGUGCAGUUAAAAUGUCCUCAUUCCAUAGUCUGUUGCUUUUUAUUACAUAUAAUCUAUGUAAUCUGUAACCCCCACACAAGACUUCCAUGUCAGUGGGUCAGCAUUACUACAGAGAAUCACUUCAGGGGCUCCACCCCAGUGCCUGUCACACACUACCCAGCCUCGUGAAGUGUAAUAAGUUAGGAUGAAAUAAACCACCAAAGAGGCCCAACAUAGCAGCACCGUCCUGUCAUUUGUCGGAUACCUCUUAAGACUUCAUUUCACCUUUCUAUACCCUCUGUCACCCAGUCUGGUAACCACUUUUGAAGGGAAAUAUUACAUCAGGCUGCACAGCUGUAUUUUCUUUUUCUUUUUUUAGUGUUUUUAAUGUUUAUUUAUUUCUGAGAGAGAGACAAAGCAUGAGUGGGGAGGGGCAGAGAGAGAGGGAGACACAGAAUCCGAAGCAGGCUCCAGGCUCCGAGCUGUCAGCACAGAGCCCGACACAGGGCUCGAACCCACAAGCCAUGAGAUCAUGACCUGAGCCGAAGUCGGACGCUCAACUGACUGAGCCACCCAGGCACCCCUGUAUUUUCUCUCCCAUUUGUGUUUGCAUUUCAAUCUGCAUUUUGAAGAAGCUUUUCACGCAGGUAGUUCCUUUUUGUACAAGCCCAACGGCACCAUUCACACUGUAGUCUGUGCCAGUAAACUUGUGUAUAACUCUGAUCCUGUCUUUAAGGAAUUAGCUAGCAAAUGAAAUAAAUAUUUCAAGGCUUGGGCACAACUGGACUAGCACUGUGACAGUCAGCUGUGGCAGUGUCUGCAACAGUGCUGUGUGCCCUCUAGGUGGCAGCACAUAAGCCUAACAGCUUUUCCCUCCCCACCCCUUUGUCAUGCUGAAGGGUCAGGCCACACUCACUCUCAUUAUCUUAGAAAACUUCAUCUCAUCAUGUCUGUCUGCAGCGUAGACACAGGCAGUGUAACAUCUUGUGACCAGCUCACAAGCAUGACCAGUAGCUAAGUUACGAGGCGCCUCCCAGCGUGGCUCACCCCACCUGUGGACUUGGUGGUGCCAUCUGGUAACUUUAUUUUCUUUGGGGGUCUUUGUAACGUAGGUCACAGUGACUACUCAUUGAAUCCAGGUAGUGUGGACAUCUUGUCAUUGAGCCUAUUCCUUCCAGAUGCUAAGAUUAAAUAAACCAGGGAACACCAACUUUAUUGAAUAACUAAGUCAUUAUACAUAGAUAUUUUACAACACCUAAAUCAUUAAAAGUGCCCAACAAAUAGUGUAGCUAUAGAAGCAGCCACUGGUAAGAUAAGAGAGAAAUACAAAUGAAGUGACAUUUGUAAUUAGAUUCUCAUUUAAAGCAUUGCUGUGAUUCCUAGCAUUAAAAUUAUUUACAAAAAAUCCACAUCAUGCUGAGAUUCCCAAGAAGGUGGGGAAGCAGAUUAACUUCUAGCAUUUGUUAGCGGUUAUGUUAAGGAAGCAUAUUAAACUACCACUGCAGCCAUUGGAAUGGCUGUGUGGCUUCAUCUCCAAACCAUGGUGGCCACAGGGCCGCUCUAAGUGCAUAAACAAGUCAUAUAUACUUAUUCUGUUGUAUGUGUUUGUACAGAGCAGAAUGUGUCAGGCAAUGACAUCUGAGAUCUGGGCCAGUUGUGCCUCACACACAAGGACAGGGCAGACAGCUAAUGAACAAGGUCAGCUGUUGUCCCUUUGGUGAGAAGCAGUCUGUAAGUUGCUGGCAUGUGUUUCCACUGCCUGGUGCACCUGGAGAGCAAGGGCGCCUGUGGGAGCUGUGGGAGCUCAGACUGGUGCACACACAUCUCUCUGCUGUGCUUGAAAAGAAAAUCUCUGUACCUGUAUGUUUAGUGAGUAAACUGUUGAAUGAAUUAA